AUGAUGGCUGUCUUGUCUCAAAGUGGCUCGUCCCCAGCAACGUCGCCAGCCCCCAUCUCGCCAUCGCCCACGUCGAGCCCGACCUCGAACCCGAACCACCCGUCCCUCCACCCACUGGUCACAUCGCCUCCAUCCAGCGUUGUUGCCGUCGCCCCGCCAGGCCGAAGAACAACUCUCCCGCGACCAAUGUCCUACUCCGCGAGGAAUAGGUUGUCGCAGUACUCGACGGGGUCUGUCCCGUCGCGAUCGCGACCGCCAUCUCACAUAUUUCCAAUUUGGCCAAGCAGUCUGCCAUACACGUUGGUCAGAGAUUUUGCAUACCCACCUGUCAAUCCGCUGCACUAUGGCCCACCUCCUGAGCCGUCACUGCCGCCAAGUGGCAUGACCACGCCGGCGAGUGAGCACCAGAGGCGCCUGUCCGAUCCACCUGCGAGCUGGGUUUCCUGGGAACAUGGCACCUGGGGCGAAGGCUUCGGCAAGGGUGGCGACCUCGCGCCCAUGCACCUUGGGGAUGGCCCGCCCUGGAGUGAAGAUGAGGAUCUACAAAGUCCUGUCGUCAGCUCGCGCCAUCGCAAACACCAUGGUCACGGCAGGGGUAAGGGUGGCUCGCGGGGCGGUGGCGCUGCUGGAACAGGGCUGUUGGACCCUACAACCUACGACCGAGAGAGGGGCUACUAUAUGGGAACGAGCGGCGAUGGGAGCGAGAGGUAUUAUGUCAACCAGGGGGGCGAGGCCAACGGACCUGGCGGAGAGUACGUUACGUACCCUCCAGACCAGGCGCGCAACUCGACCCAGGGUGUGUAUAAUGUCGGGGAUCAACAGCCGCGACAGUAUGCGGAACACGAUGCUGGCUACCGUUACGGGUCUGACGGAUCCAGCAGCUCGCCGUCUUCACCGGAUCCGAGGGGCGAGGACCAAUCGAGGUACUCGCGGGAUUACCAAUUUACCAUUACAUCCCCAGACGAGGAGAUGCAUGGCAAGGCAGUUGCGCUCUUUGAUUUUGCUCGAGAAAAUGAAAACGAGCUGCCACUGCUCGAAGGGCAGAUUAUAUGGGUCAGUUAUAGGCACGGACAGGGUUGGCUGGUUGCAAUGGACCCCAAGACCCAGGAGAGCGGGCUCGUGCCGGAGGAGUAUGUACGGUUAUUAAGGGAUAUAGAGGGUGGCAUGACGAGCCUGACUGCAGCCACGGAGGAGGGCACUGCCCCGCCGGCCACAACAACGGGCACUGGAACGGGAAGUCCCAAUGAUGCAGGUACACCUACCCAGACCGAACACAAGCCGCAGCAGAGGAACAGCUUUGGGCAUACUCCCAGCGCCUCUACAUCAUCAACGUCAGCGAAUGGAUACCACCAGCCGAUCGUAUCAACUUUCAGCACUUCCAGCAAAGACUUGGACCCGUACCCUCAACAUCUACUGGGAACGCAGGCCGGGCAGACGCCCCCUCAGGUCGUACAUUACCACGGACAGCGGGGUGGGAGCCAGGCAAACACGCCGACUUUGAGUUUUCAUCAUGAUGUCGGAAUUAUCCGACGUGGCAGCGUCGACCAUACCACGGGGAAAAAGGCCGACAGCAGCGGGGAGAGGCUACCAGGCGCCAGGAUGGGUGAUUCCUUAGCCGAACAGAAAGAGGAGAGUAGUGAGGAGAGGAGAGACCGCAAGAGCCGGUGA